UGCCGGCAGCUCCGCCCGCGGCCCCUCCGCCUCGACUCUGGGCGCCCGCGGCCGCACCGUGCCGCCGCCUAUGGGGAUCCGAGAGUUCCCCGGCGGCGCGCCCCGGGGCAAAGGCAUCGCCACUGGCAUGAGGAGGUCCCCGGACGUCAGCCCGCGGAGACUGUCGGACAUCAGCCCGCAGCUCCGGCAGCUCAAGUACCUGGUGGUGGACGAGGCCAUCAAGGAGGACCUCAGGUGGUCGCGCUCCGUGGAGGACCUCACCGGCGGGCCCGCGGGGCUCACGUCCAUCGAGGAGCGCAUCCUGCGCAUCACCGGCUACUACGGCUACCAGCCCUGGGCGGCGAGCUGCAAAAGGGAGGAGCGCCCCCGGGACGGCCCGGCCCCCGCGGAGGCCCCGGCGGCGGGGGGGUCGGAGGCCGGGCGCGGGAGCCGCCGCUGCUGCCGCUGCUGCUCGGGGCCGCGGCUGCGCAAGCUGGGCUGGGGGCUGGCGGUGGCGCUGAGCGUGUGCGCCUCCUGGGCCGGCACCACGCAGCUCGCCAAGCGCACCUUCCGCACCUUCGACGCGCCCUUCACCCUGACCUGGUUCGCCACCUCCUGGAACUGCCUGUUCUUCCCGCUCUACUACGUGGGCCACGCGUGCCGGGCCCCGGAGCGGCCGUCGGUGAGGCAGCGGUACAGGGAAUGCUGCCGCUUUUUUGGAGGCAAUGGCUUGACUCUGAAGGUGUUUUUCACCAAGGCGGCCCCGUUCGGUGUCCUGUGGACACUCACAAACUACCUGUACUUACACGCAAUAAAGAAAAUAAACACCACGGACGUCUCUGUGCUCUUCUGCUGCAACAAGGCGUUUGUGUUCUUGCUCUCGUGGAUCGUUCUCAGGGACAGGUUCAUGGGCGUGAGGAUCGUGGCCGCCAUCCUCGCCAUCGCCGGGAUCGUGAUGAUGACCUACGCCGACGGCUUCCACAGCCACUCGGUCAUCGGCAUCGCGCUGGUGGUGGGCUCGGCGUCCAUGUCCGCGCUCUACAAGGUUCUCUUCAAGCUCCUCCUGGGCAGCGCGAAGUUCGGAGAAGCCGCCUUAUUCCUGUCCGUCCUGGGCGUGUUUAACGUGCUCUUCAUCUCCUGCAUCCCCGUCGUCCUCUACUUCACCCGCAUCGAGUACUGGAGCCCGUUCUCGGACAUCCCCUGGGGGAACCUCUGCGGAUUCUCCGUCCUCCUGCUGACGUUCAACGUCGUGUUAAAUUUCGGAAUUGCUGUUACGUACCCCACCCUGAUGUCUCUCGGCAUCGUCCUCAGUGUUCCUGUGAAUGCAGUGGUCGAUCACUACACCACCAACAUCGUCUUCAACGGGGUCCGGGUCAUCGCCAUCAUCAUCAUCGGCCUGGGCUUCCUCCUGCUGCUCCUGCCCGAGGAGUGGGACGUCUGGCUGGUCAAGCUGCUCACCCGCCUCAAGGUCAGGAAGAAGGAGGAGCCGGCGGAGGGCGGUGGGGACCUGGGCUCCGGCCCCCAGAACAAGAGAAGGGCCCGGCCCUCCUUUGCCCGCUGACCAGCCUCCAGGACCCUCGGGGACGCUCGCGUGAAGGAUCCGGAGGUCUGUUCCCGACGCCGCCUCGGUGGGCAGAGGUGUACAUACCUGUACAGUCCGGGUCACCUGGGUGAGUCCCACGGUAUUUAUGGGCAUGUCCAAUCCGCUUGCUCUUGUCCACAUCAGACCUUCCACUUAACGGUACCGACUCAACACGCACGAGAGAAGACCCUCAGCUCUUUUUCAAUGAAUGGAAAGCGAGUAGGAGCCAUCUCGGCCCCGGCGGUCUGGGGGCCACACCUUCUGGUUGAGGCAGGCGGACGUUCUGGAUCUUCUCGACCGAAAACCCCAUUGCACACUGUGAUUCCUUUCCGGCGGUGGGAGGUCAUCGCCCGUCUCAUACCAGAGCUGGACUCUUUAUUUCUUAAGCGAUCGCAAGGAACCAAAAGAUAACUGUGAGUGAGUUUGGAUGGAGACGGAUAGGAAGAGGGGACACGCAAAAGGAGAAUGACAUCGCAAGCCAUCUCUGUGACCAGC